AUGCAGCCGGCGGGCGUAAUUGCCACAGUGGCAGCUCUGCUUGCAGCAAACGGGACGUCGGUGCUGGACUGCGUCUGCCGGCACCUCAUCAAUGUUACUGACUCUGGCAGAAUCUAUCAAUUGAGCCCCGCUGAAGGUUUGGUGCGAUGGAACUACUGUGCUGAUAAAUUAGCUGCUAGUAGUGAUGAGCAUACGAGUAGCCCGUGGAAGCUCGUGAGUCAGAGUGCAGACCUCGAGGUGACUGAAGAACGUUUUGCAGCUUGGUCACCGGGGUUCACAACGUGCGGCAGCCUGGAGCAGCCGCCCCCCGCGGUCUCAGCUGCGCAGCGCCUGGCAGACCGCCUCUGGGACUCCGGACUGUCACCGCCGCCAGCAGCUGGAGCGGAGGAGGGAGGGGGGUGCGCCGGCGCCCUGGCGCAGCUCCGCCGCCUCACGGGGCCCGAAUCCUUGCAACUCGUCGAGGAGCUCGAGUGCCAGAUCGCUGACGACUGUAUCGACUCCCGCUGUGUACCGAGGUUGAACAACAUGGAAUGGAACGUGACAACGCUGCAAGCGGCUGAUCUGAGGCAUCAUAUCCUGUCCCAGUCAGCGCGUGCUGUUCGGCGCAUCGCAAGAGCCACGUCCGGCAGGGUGAGAUGUGAGAGGUGGCGUGGUGUUCCGUUAGAGUGGUUGGAUAAACCUGGACUGCAGGCCCAGGCGGCUGUUUUCCGGGGACGACUCUCCAGCUACUGGCGGGACUCGGUGCAGCUGCUCUCACUCAGUGCGACGCACGCCUCACAGCUGUUGGUUCCCCUCGCAUUCGAAAGUAUGGGUAACCACGCAAGUGAUCAGCAACUCCACGGUUGGAUUAAGGACAUGGAACGUGUGAAAGACAUGCUGCGCACGAAAUUAACCGGAUGGGUACAUGACAUGCAAUUAGCCGGCAAACAGGUGGAGCACUACGAGGUGGAAGAAGACAAGGACCACCCAGGCCACUUGAUACUCAGGCGGCCGCUGUUGAGUGAACGCCUGCUGCGCUAUCAGCCGUGGAGCCCCUCCUUUGACGACGACUACAGUGCGCUGUGCAAGGAGCGGCAGCCAGAGGCGUCGCAAAUGUUCAGCCUCGCUCACGAACUGUACGCCUUCCAUCGUUUCUACUGGUACCAUGCAGCUGAGAGCGUCGGUUUAUCCUACGGAGAUGAUGCCAAGAUUGUAGACGAGGAGUGGCAGCUGGAGGACAGAAGCCACGAUACGCUCUCCGUGGACACUGACUGCGUGCAGCUGUUGGUGAACGCCCUGGACCACCCCACGUGUCCGCUGGAAGACCUGCCACUGGAAGCCGUGAAGCAGCGCGAGCAGUGCCGCGAGCAGCUGUGGGACGACGUGGUGCAGAGGUCGCCCCACAUACCCGUCACCAGCUACCUGGCCUACACGCAGAGGGCAAACGUCAACCUCUGCCUGCUGGCCUGGAUGGCGGUCAACUCGUACGGCAUUUGUCAGGACGUCCCGUUCAGUAUGAUACAGUCCGUGCACGAUGCUCGCUGCUAUUUCGAUACUCCCGACGAUCAAUCAUGUCUGCAGUCGAACGCUACAGAAGCAAUGUGCUCUGUUUCCAGAGCUAUUCUGUUGCUAAAGUGUCGCGACUUUUCCUCCAUUAAGACUUCCCAUAAUUGUACGUUCAGUACGUUGGGAUCUCUAUCGGUCUAUAGUAGGAGUAGUAUACUGGAUCAAAAGCUAACAGAACAAACACUGAACUACAAAAACAGUUUAAACAACGCCACCUUGAAGUACAAGGAUUUCAAAAUCGACAGCUUGAAGCCUUUAGAAAUGUCAUUUAUACUGAUAAAUAUCAUUUUCCGUUUUUCGACUGCCGGAGUAUACAUGUACCUUCCCCAGUUGCGCAACUUGCCUGGAAAGAUACUCUUGUCAUUUCAGAUCACGUGCAUAGUCCAGAUCCUGUGUUCUGAGGUCGUGUAUCGUAUGGCAGGCGUCCCUGACUUACCUACAGCAGUGCUGAUAGACAGCGCCCUCACACUUCUCAGCUGUUUCUGGCUGAACUCAUUCUGCUACCACAUGUACGCUUGUGUUCGCCAUCUCAGGCUUCCUGACCAGCUACUACCUGCUGAAGUAAGCCAGUUAUUCCGUCGUGAGGUGCUGUGCGUGUUUAUACCGUGCAGUAUAGUGUGUGUGGCAGCUGUUGCUUUGGAAAAGACGAGUAAAUAUUACCUGAUCUACAGUCGCAUAGUAGUCCUUGCAGGGAUUUCAGUGUCUGUGGGAUUCAAUUUCGUUUGUCUCGGACUGCUUGGAUACAUGUACCUACGUAAUCGGUGCUCCAUGCGGCAACUCGAAAUUGUUGAUAACAAGAAAUUUGCCUCAAAGAAGGAAUGUCUUUUUAUGUCAGUUAAGGCCAUUAUAAUAAGUGGAACAGGAAUUAUUAUUAGAACUGGGUUCCACCAGGCUCAGGGAAUAGCGCAGGUAGUGUACUACAUGCAUCUAGUUACGAUGGUGCAAGGACCAGUGCUCUUCGUCUGUUUCGUUUGCAAUGGAACGACGCUCCCCAUACUGAAGAACAGGAUACUUCUUUGGUGGAACCCAACCAACAUACCUGCAGGUCUAGAGCUGUGUUCGGCAGCCGAGAGGAAUCUGGCCAGGAGAAACAAUGAACAGUCUCCCUUUUCAGAAUCCUCGCUGUAGCCUCCUUCAGUAUUUUUCGCAAAUAACUGUCUCCACACUACACUGCAUUAAGCCCAACAAUAAAAAUGGACUCUACCUGGUAUGACAAUAUUAAAUGUCAUUAAAUCGCAUAUCGUACAGCCAGUACUUCUCUUUCCUAACGUCUCCUUCAUUUAUAGCUGUGUGCUUAUUUGUGAGUGGUAGCCUCUGUCUACCUACUCUAAUGCACUGAGGCUACUCACUAAAAUUGUGGGGAAAUGCCUCGUGUAUACAAUAAGCUGCGUCAAUCACACGGCCUGUUAUAUACCAGGAAAACGCAGCACGUUGUCGGAGGAAUUCCCGUUCGUCAGUGUCAUCUACCGUGGCGAUGGUGCAUUUCUGGACACAUGUUCGUAUGACGUCUUUUCUCCAUUUUCCGUCGAGGACCCGUCUUUGCAGUUUGUCGAUUUUAUUAAUGUAUAAUGUAUGAUAUUAGUAUAUAUCAUAUUAUGUCUGAAACAAAGAAAGUUUCCAUUUGUGUAUGAAAGAUGUACUUUUACAUGAUUUGUAAUUCAAGUACCAUGACAAUAGACGUUCAGAUACUUAAAAAAUCAAAAGAGAAGGGCCAAUGACUGAGUGGUGUGUGCAUGAAAGUGUAAUUGGGUUUGGUGAGCUUAUUAGUGGUUUGAUUACAUAGAGUGGCUCAUACAGGUAUGGUAAUAAAGUAACAGAUGACUUCUUGUGUGAAAUGUGGCUUGAAGUGGACGCAAAGUGUCGAAUGGCAGAGUUAUAUGAGAUUAGCAUUAUUGGGUUUGUGAGACAAGAUGGUGAUUUGUUAAGCUAGUGGUUUGUAAGGGUACUAUGGCAGAUGUUAAAAGUUAAUGUUCCAUGUGCCACUCUUGGGCAAGGAAGAACAUUACUUAAAGGCGUAUUUACAGAAACAGUACUGUGGAAGGAUAAACUUGUGCCAGUACUGUGAGUCCUGGAAAACAUGUGCCAUAGUAGCUUCACUAGAAGCGCACAGUACGCCGAAAUUGUUGUGAUUCGUAAUCAAUAGACGAUCUCCCAUUUGUUCAAAUAAAACCUGAGUGAGCAAAGUAAA